AUCUGUCCUAUAAAACCAACUCACCUCCUUUUGUUCUUCUUCGUCGUCUCUCGGAGACUGAGAGAGAGAGAGAAAGAUAAAUCAUUUCUCUGUUAAGAGAGAGAAACUUUUAGUGAGAGAAAUUCAAUUCAAUACACAAAAAAUGAGAACUAGAAGAGGACUAUGUUAUCCGAAACUACAUGAUUCUUCCACCCCAAUCACUCUUUCCGUUCACGAUAAUAGUAAUAAGACGAUAAAGAUGAUGAAGAAAAAUAGAGAUGGUUUUGUUAAUGGCGAUGAUGAUAAAAAGAGAUCGUGUUUUUCGCCGGAAAAUGAUAAUGAUAAUCAUAAUUUUGGUUACAGAAGUUGUGAGAUUCCUUCCCGGAAAAGAGCAAAAAUCUUACCGGAGUUUGUCGGCGGUUAUGAUUUCUUCGAUUCUUUACCGGAUGACCUUGUUGUAUCUAUUUUAAGCAAGCUUAGUUCUUCUGCUUCUUGUCCUGCAGAUUUCAUCAACGUCCUUGUAACUUGUAAGAGAUUCAACGGUUUAGGCCUUAAUUCAAUGGUGUUAUCAAAAGCUUCACCUAAAACAAUGGCGAUUAAAGCUAAUAAUUGGUCUGAUUCUGCUCAUCGUUUCCUCAAGAUUUGCUCCGAUGCUGGAAAUGUUGACGCUUGCUACACUCUUGGCAUGAUUCGAUUUUACUGCUUACAAAACCGAGGAAGUGGAGCGUCACUAAUGGCGAAAGCAGCGAUUAACUCGCACGCGCAAGCACUUUACUCCUUAGCAGUCAUUCAAUUCAACGGAAGUGGAGGAACAAAAAGCGACAAAGACUUACGCGCUGGCGUCGCGUUAUGUGCACGUGCCGCCUUCCUAGGACAUGUUGAUGCACUCCGAGAAUUAGGUCAUUGUCUCCAAGACGGUUAUGGUGUCCGUCAAAACGUCGUCGAAGGUCGUCGUUUUCUUGUCCAAGCAAACGCACGUGAGCUAGCCGCUGCUCUCACGUGCUCCUCUGCUUCCUACUGGCUAACCUCUCCACAUGCGGGAAACCGUAGCACCACCACCACAGUUGGAUGUCCAUUAUUAAGUGAUUUCGGAUGUAAUGUCCCGGCUCCAGAAGCUCACCCAGCGAAUCGGUUUUUGACCGAGUGGUUUACUACUCGAACCGGGGAUAAAAACAUUGAACCGGGUUUGAGACUUUGUUCUCAUUCCGGUUGUGGUAGACCGGAGACACGUAAACAUGAAUUCCGACGGUGUUCAGUCUGUGGGGCUGUGAAUUAUUGCUCACGUGCUUGUCAGGCGCUGGAUUGGAAGUUGAGACACAAAGGUGAGUGUGCUCCUAUGCCUAGAUGGGUUGAUGUUAAUGAAGAUAAUGAUAAUAUCCACGCCGGCGACGAUAACGGAGAUGAUGACGGUGACGGUGAAAUGAACGGCAUGGAAAUUGAUGGUGAAAGAUAACAAUAAAGAUAUUAACCACGCCGGUGACGGAAGCAGUAAGGGUGAUGAAGACGAUAGCGGUGAAAUCAACGGCAAGGUAAUUGAUGGUAACAAAUAACGGUGUGAAGGACUGUGACUGUGACGGCGACGCCACAUGAGUUGGUUAUUUGGGUGGGUAUUGUGAGGGUAAAUUUGGAAUUCAAUUUUAAGGGGAAAAAAAAGAGAAAUGAAAAUUUUUGAUUUCCAUUUUAUAGAAAAAUGGAGUAAAAGUAAGAUGGAAUUUUUUAUUUUUAAUUUUUUUUCUUUGUAUAGAGAGGAAGGGAUUGUACCCUUAAAUGGGAAUUUUAAAUACAAAAUUUUUUAUCACCAAAA